CCCCGUCGCGUGCGACCCAGAUCCCGGACGCCCUGGGCCCUCGGGCGCCCGCCCACUGUCCCGCAGGCCGAGGGCGCCCUGGAGCGGAAAGAAUGCCACGCGGGGCCUCCAGACCCCGUGCGCCCGGGCUCCGCUGGGUCCCCGCGACCCGCCCUGGCCCAGCGCAGCGACUGAGGUCGCGCGUGCCGAAGGCUGGGACAGCGGGGUCCCGGGAGUGAGGGGCGGGGUGCGUGAGACGGCGUGCGGGGCACCCCCUGCUGUGUGUGUGUGCGUGGGAGGAGUAAGAGCGCGACUCACUCGCGAGUGGCUGCAGUCAUGUGAGAUUCGUGGCCGAGUCUCGCUCGCCUGUGUUCAGUGAUUCACGGGUGAUUCACACGCAGGAAUUCAGGUGCCCCGUGCUCACUUCUAGCUGGGGGGAGGGAAAGGAAGAAAGGGUCUCUGGGGGAAGCUGAGCGGUGGGCCCCUGGCCAGGCAGAGAGGUCAGUGUCCCAAUCACACAGGUGUCGCGCCUCCUCCCUGUAGCUCUCAGCCUCUGGUCCCUCCCUCCCUCCCCAGGGGACCCAGGCUCCUGAUCUCCAUCUGGGCGAGCCAGCCAGAGGGACUGGCAAGCAAACAAGUAUUAGGGUGGAAGGAAGAGUGUGGGCGGAGAGAACGAGCCCGAGCGGCCACCUGAGAGCUUCGGCGAGAGCUCAGGAGUGUCCCAGAGAGAGCUGGGUCCUCCUGUCCCCAGGACCCCAGCCCAGCCCGGCUGCCGCUCGCCUCCUCCAGGCAGGCUGCGGGACUUCCCUCCUUCCUUCCCAUCAUGGCUGUGUACCGCCUUCGUGUGACCACUGGUCCCUACCUGAUGGCCGGCACCAUGGACAACAUCUCCGUCACCCUGGUGGGCACGUGUGGGGAGAGCCCCAAGGAGCGGCUGGACCGGAUAGGCAGGGACUUUGCCCCGGGCUCGGUGCAGAAGUACAAGGUGCACUGCGCGGCCGAGCUGGGCGAGCUCUUGCUGCUGCGUCUACACAAGGAGCGCUACGCGUUCUUCCGCAAGGACUCGUGGUACUGCAGCCGCAUCAGUGUCACUGCCCCCGACGGAGCCGUCUCCCACUUCCCCUGUUAUCAGUGGAUCGAGGGCUACUGCACCGUGGAACUGCGGCCCGGAACAGCAAGAACUAUCAGUCAGGACUCCCUUCCCCUCCUUGUGGAUCACCGGAAGCGGGAACUCCGGGCGCGACAAGAGUGCUACCGCUGGAAGAUCUAUGCCCCUGGCUUCCCCCGCAUGGUGGACGUCAGCAGCUUUGAGGAGAUGGAAUCCAACAAGAAAUUCGCCUUGACCAAGACGACGCCUUGUGCAGACCAGGGCGAUGACGGCAGCGGGGGUCGGUACCUGCCUGGCUUCCCCAUGAAGAUCGACAUCCCGUCUCUGCUGCACAUGGAACCCAACAUCCGCUACUCGGUCACCAAGACCACCUCGCUGCUCUUCAAUGCCAUCCCCGCGUCCUUGGGCAUGAAGCUUCGAGGGCUGCUGGACCGCAGGGGCUCCUGGAAGAAGCUGGAGGACAUCCGCAACAUCUUUUGGUGCCACAGGACCUUCACGUCAGAGUACGUCACGGAGCACUGGCACGAGGACCACUUCUUUGGGUACCAGUACCUGAACGGUGUCAACCCGGUCAUGAUCCACUGCCUCUCCAGUUUGCCCAGCAAGCUGCCUGUCACCAACGACAUGGUGGCACCCGUGCUGGGACAGGACACCUGCCUGCAGAUGGAGCUAGAGAGGGGGAACAUCUUCCUAGCUGACUAUUGGAUCCUAGCCGAGGCCCCGGUCCACUGCCUUAAUGGCCACCCGCAAUACGUGGCCGCACCGCUCUGCCUGCUGUGGCUCAACCCCCAGGGGGCGCUGGUACCCUUGGCCAUCCAGCUGAGCCAGACCCCCGGGCCCGAGAGCCCCAUCUUUCUGCCCACCGAUUCCGACUGGGACUGGCUGCUGGCCAAGACGUGGGUGCGCAACUCGGAGUUCCUGGUGCACGAGAACAACACGCACUUCCUGUGCACGCAUUUGCUGUGCGAGGCCUUCUCCAUGGCCACCCUGCGCCAGCUGCCGCUCUGCCACCCCAUCUACAAGCUCCUGCUCCCGCAUACCCGAUACACGCUGCAGGUGAACACCAUCGCCAGGGCAACGCUGCUCAACCCCGAAGGCCUUGUGGACCAGGUCACGUCCAUCGGGAGGCGAGGCCUCAUCUACCUCAUGAGCACCGGUCUGGCCCACUUCUCCUACACCAACUUCUGCCUGCCCGACAGCCUGCGGGCUCGCGGCGUCCUAGCCAUCCCCAACUAUCACUACCGUGACGACGGCAUGAAGAUCUGGGCGGCCAUUGAGAGCUUUGUCUCGGACAUCGUGGGCUACUAUUACCCCAGCGAGGCCUCCGUGCAGCAGGACUCGGAGCUGCAGGCCUGGGUCGGCGAGAUUUUUGCUCAGGCGUUCCUGAGUCGGGAGAGCUCAGGCUUCCCAAGCCGGCUGUGCACCCCAGCAGAGCUGGUGAAGUUCCUCACCGCAAUCAUCUUCAACUGCUCCGCCCAGCACGCGGCUGUCAACAGCGGGCAGCAUGACUUUGGGGCCUGGAUGCCCAACGCUCCAUCCUCCAUGAGGCAGCCCCCACCGCAGACCAAGGGGACCACCACCCUGAAGAGUUACCUGGACACCCUCCCGGAAGUGAACAUCACCUGUAACAACCUCCUCCUCUUCUGGUUGGUCAGCCAAGAGCCCAAGGACCAGAGGCCGCUGGGCACGUACCCGGAUGAGCACUUCACGGAGGACGCCCCGCGGCGCAGCAUCGCCGCCUUCCAGAGCCGCCUGGCCCAGAUCUCGAGAGACAUCAGGGAGCGGAACCGGGGCCUGGCGCUGCCCUACGCCUACCUGGACCCGCCGCUCAUCGAGAACAGCGUCUCCAUCUAACGCGUCCCCGUCCCACCCCACGGGAGAGGACGGGGAAGCUGCUCAAGGGUGCCCAGACCCUCCCCCUCCUUCCUGAACCUUCUGUCUGCACGUGGGACCAUUGCCCGCCCAGAUGGCCCCUGCAUCACUGGAGCUGGGCCCUGGGCUGUGAGAGCCCCGUGGAGCAGCUCGGAAAGGAAGGAGCCCCUUCACCUUGCCCUCCUGUGGACAGGCUCCUGGUCCAGCCCCUGGGGCACUCAGCCGCCUCCCGUGGGCAUCCCCAGCUGGGUUCCUGAGCCCCUUCCCAGGCCUCUUCCUCCCCCCACCCCCAGCAGGUCCUGCAAGCCCGGGAGUGAGCAGCUCAGCGUCCCUGGGGAAGAACCUGGCAGCUGGGCACAGCCGGGGUGGGCGCCUGUAGGGGAGGAGGAGAGUUGGACUCAGCUCACUGGGGCUGGCAGCAGCAGGUCCCAGCCCCAGCUCGUUGGCCUGGACGUGGGUACGGGGCUCUCAGCCUGCCCCCCCUCAACGCUUUUCCCUCUUCUGUGUCCUUGAGCCCAGUGAGUUCAAUAAAAACCAACACAGUAGGCUCUCCUUCCAUUUUUCUCUUAAAGUGAUACAUACAAACCGCACAGGAAUUGUGGCACGAGGGGUUGGUUAGGCCACCACUUGUGGUGCCAGCAUCCCAUAUCAGAUGGCUGGUUCAAGUCCCGGCUGCUCCACUUCCCAUCCAGCUCCCUGCUUAGGCACGUGGGAAGGCGGCAGAAGAUGGCUCAAGUGCUUGGGCCCCUGCCACCCACGAGGGAGACUUGGAUGGAGUUCCUGGUCCCUGGCAGUUGUGGCUGUUUGGGGAGGGAAUCAGUAGAUGGGAGAGAGCAGUCUCUCUCUUUUUCUUGUACUCUGAUGCUCUGCCUUUCAAAUAAAUAAACUGGCCAGCGCUGCGACUCACUAGGCUAAUCCUCUGCCUUGCGGCACCGGCACAGCGGGUUCUAGUCCUGGUCGGGGCAUAGCAGCCAUUGGAGGGUGAACCAACGGCAAAGGAAGACCUGUCUCUCUCACUGUCCACUCUGCCUGUCAAUAAAUAAAUUGCUUAAGAAAAACUA